UUACAGUGCAGUAAAAGUCUUUUCGAUUGAAAUAAUGUUUUUUAUUUAAUACCAUCUCAUUACAGUACUACUUCAAAACACAUGCAAUAUGUCGAGACAUUUAACAGAUGAACAAAUUGAAGAGCUGAGAGAAGCUUUUCACAUUAUAGAUCAGGAUGGUGAUGGAAGAAUUACACCUAGGGAAUUGGAAAAUGUAAUGCGUGUUGUUGGUCAGUUUCCAACAGAAAGUGAAAUUCUGGUUAUGAUCAAUCACUUUGACACAACAGGUAAUGGUAUGAUUGAUUUUAACGAUUUUGUAGCAAUGAUGUCUACUGAAAUGAGGGCGUCUGAUUUGGAAGCAGAAACGCGGGAAGCUUUCAAUAUCCUUGAUUUUGAUGGUAACGGAUAUAUUGCACAUGAAGAACUGAAAUAUGUUAUCGCUAAUUUAGGAAUGGACUUAACAGAUGAAGACAUAGAGAAUAUGAUACUGGAGGUUGAUACUGAUGGUGAUGGUCAAAUUAGUUAUGAAGAAUUUUCUAGACUUUUUUAUUCUGCAUACAGGGAAUAGAAUCAUCUAUUAUUUUCACAUCUCAUACAUACUACAUCUUAUGGAAUAAUACAAGACCUAAAUUUAUUAGUUUAAUAUGUGAAAAAAUUCCUUAAAAUUAAAAAUGUCGCCUUAAAAGAUGACAAUGUGCAAAGUGCAUGGUCUUUAGGAUAAAAUAUGGGUGAUAUAUUUCAUACUGCAUAAUACUGUUUACAGUUACCGUGGAAAUUCAAGUUCAAUAUUUGCAGACAGAAAAAACAAAUUUAAAACACAUGAGUAUUUUUAUGCGUACUACAUUAAUGUUUAAAUAGGUGGUAA